UCUACUUCCGCUCAGGUGACUCCGGUUUCCCAGCGGAUUCAGUCGUCAACUGAGUGUUUCUCGCUCGGGUUGCAACGCAGUGAGCCAGCGGCCAACUCUCGGAGUUAGCACACGGCUAGCAGGACGCGUCUCCGCUUCCAUUCAGAUCGAGCCUCGUGCACAUCUCGCAUAAAUCUCGGCGGAUUAUUGUUAUCAUUUGCCAUGAAAAAGAUAAAGAGACCCGCAUCUUGACGUCCACUGUGGGGGGGUCAAUGACGGACAGUCGCCCUGUCGGUGACUGACAUGGAUGCAAGUGACAUUAAGGAUGUGAAACUUUCAGCUGAAGUGGAGCCGUUCAUCCCACAGAAGAAAGGUCUCGAAGGAACCCUGGUCGGCAUGAGUCUGUCCGGAGAGCCGGUGGGUGGAGGAGGAGGUGGCGGAGGCCUAGGAGGCGGCAACGGAGAGGUGGAAACUACUCCGAUACCGAGCUACCUCAUCACCUGCUACCCUUUUGUUCAGGAGAACCAACCCAACAGGCAUCAUCAUCCAAUGUACAAUGGAGGGGAGCUGCGCUGGCAGCAGCCCAACCCUGGCCCCGGUGCUCCCUACCUGGCCUACCCGAUCAUGUCUUCUCCUCAACCACCCGUGUCCAGUGACUAUACCUACUACCAGAUCAUGCCCACCCCGUGCCCUCCUGUGAUGGGCUUCUACCAGCCCUUCCCCGGCACCUACACAGGGCCGGUCCAGCCGGGGGUCGUCAACGCAGUCUCUGCAGACGUCGGCGAAAGGCCUCCUCUGCCUCUUGGCCCGGCGUUCGGGAUGCCCAAUCAACGAGCAAGAGCCAUGAUCCGGCCUAAUCUCCCAAAGCAGCAACACUUGGGUGUUAGCCAGGCGGCGAGGGGUCGCCGUCCCCCAAACAGGAGCGUGGCGGUGCAGAAGGAACUGUGCACCGUAGGCCAUGAAGGUUGGACUAAGAGGGUGCUGUUGGUGGAUGCAGCGCAGCAAACUGAUUUGCCAGGUGAGGCGGCCAGUCCGCUGCUGUGGAAGAACCGAACGAAGAGGCAGCCGAUGUCAAACGCGGCUGAAAGCUACAGCGAUCAGGGCACCAGCGAAGCAGAUAUAGACAGCGACAGUGGAUACUGCAGCCCCAAACAUAAACAGACUGCAGGAGUCGCUCAUCGAGCAGCAGAGACGUCAGCACCAUCCAGCGGAGUUGAGACUGGUGUCAUGAAAAGUACAUGGGUAAAUGUAGCGUCACAGGCUACCCAGAAAUCCUGGGGGGACAGGAACGGCCAUUUCCAUAGAGCGGACCAGAGGAAGAAUCCUGAGCAGAGUAACUUCUCGCAGGAUUUCCGCAGUGUCUGUCCAGGACUUGGUCUUCCAAACCAAUCAGAACAAAAACCGCAGCCGUCACCGGUCACAGGCGACGAGAUCACUGCGGAGCCCCUUUACUUUGAAGAUGAAGAUGAGUUCCCAGAUUUACCCACUGGAGCUGGUGUUCAGCGCUGCGCCAAAGGAGAAGUGACGCCAGCACAGACGCAAAUGCAGCCAAAACCGCAGAGAAAUCUGAUAGAAAACCUCGCCGAAAACUCCCCCAUCAACAUUGUCCAGACACCGAUCCCUAUUACCACAUCUGUUCCCAAGAGGGCCAAGAGCCAGAGGAAGAAGGCUCUGGCCGCUGCUGUGGCAACUGCUCAGGAAUACUCUGAGAUAAGCAUGGAACAGCAGAAAUUGCAGGAGGCCCUCAAUAAGGCAGCUGGCAAGAAGAGAAAAACUCCUGUCCCGCUGGACUUGGGAGACAUGCUGGCGGCUUUGGCUAAGCAGCAGCAGGCACUGAAGGCCAAACAAAUCACAAAUACCAAGCCGCUAUCUUUUACAGUUGGAACAGCGACUCCAUUCCACAGUUCAGCUUCAACCAACUUGGCAGCUAUGCUGAAGGGUCAUACUCAACCACACUUGGGCUCCCCGAACACUCUGGACUCCACCGCGCCACGAAUAAAACGAGGGAAGGAGCGCGAGAUCCCCAAAGUCAAGCGACCAACAGCUCUUAAGAAGAUUAUUCUGAAGGAGCGAGAAGGCAAAAAAGGUAAAACGAGCAUGGAUCAAGAGUCGUCAGGCCAAGAAGAUCAUGGGGAUGAUUGUUUGCAUUUUACUGAAGAUCUUUCCCAAGAGCUUGGCUCUCUAGAAGAAAAUGGGCUGAGUGUGCCCAGCGACGCAUCCCUUUCCCCAGCCAGUCAGAAUUCCCCGUACAGCAUCACCCCCGUAUCUCAGGGUUCUCCUUCGAGCUCCGGCAUCGGGAGUCCCAUGGCUUCCAACGCAAUCACAAUAAUCCACAGUCGACGUUUCAGAGAGUACUGUAACCAAGUGCUGAGCAAGGAGAUCGACGAGAGCGUGACACUGCUGCUGCAGGAGCUGGUCCGUUUCCAGGAGCGUGUCUACCAGAAGGACCCCAAGAAGGCCAAGUCCAAACGCCGCCUCGUCAUGGGUCUCCGAGAGGUCACCAAGCACAUGAAGCUGUGCACUAUAAAGUGCGUUAUCAUCUCUCCCAACUGUGAAAAGAUCCAAGCCAAAGGUGGUUUGGAUGAAGCUCUGUACAAUGUCAUCGCUAUGGCUCGAGAGCAGGAGAUACCUUUUGUGUUUGCCUUGGGCAGAAAAGCGCUUGGACGCUGCGUCAACAAACUCGUCGCCGUUAGUGUGGUUGGCAUCUUCAACUACUCUGGAGCUGAGGAGCUAUUCGACCGUCUUGUGUCGCUGACAGAAGAGGCCAGGAAGGCCUACAAGGAAAUGGUGUCGUCCCUGGAGCAGGAACAGCAAGAGGAAGCAUUAAAACACGUCAAGAAAGUCCCGCACUACAUGGGACACUCACGCAACCACUCCGCGGCGUCCGCGACCUCCUUUUGCUCCGUCAUCUCCGAGCCCAUCUCGGAAGUCAAUGAGAAGGAAUAUGAAACCAACUGGAGAAGUAUGGUGGAAGCUUCAGAUGCUCCGGAGCCAGUCGAGGCUGAAAAAAGCGCGCCUUCACCUCCCGCGGCCCCCCACAGAGACAGCGAGACCCCGUCCGCCCACGCAAGCGGCGUCCCCCCGAGGGCGGCGCCCCCACCGCAGGGUCACGGCGAGCGCGACGAGGCCCGUGCCGACGACCGGCUGGAGCUGGCCUCCCAGCAGAGUACGGAGACGGGCUCGCUGGACGGCAGCUGCAGGGGCCCGCUGAACUCCUCCAUCACCUCCACCACCUCCACGCUGGUGCCGGGGAUGUUGGAAGAGGCCGAGGACGAAGACGAGGACGAGGAGGACUACGCGCACGGGCCCAUUUCCGUGGAGGUGCCCACCCACAGCAGCCGCAUCGAGUCGUGGGUGACCACGGCGGUGGAGAACCUGCAGCUGAAAAAGAGCCAAGAGAGCACAGAGGAAGAGGACGAUGAGGAAGAAGAGGGGGAAGAAGAAGAAGAAGAAGAAGAAGAAGAGGAGGACGAGGAGGAGGAGGAAGGCCUUGUUUCCGAGGGUACCACCGACACCAAAGUGGAGACCAAAGAGCAGGCGGGGGCCGGCGAGGUCACGGCGUGACGUCGCUCCUCCUCCUCUUCUCAUUCCCUUCCCGUGAAACCAGCCGCCGUUCUUUUUACAUCGCCAGGCCCUCACGUCAGACAUGAUCUGGCACCUGGGGGCCGAUUUUCCAACGGGUAUGCGUGCGUACAAACGAGCGCAAACAAGACACGGAAGCGGAUCUACUAACCAGUAACCAAUCUUUGAAGUUUUUGACACCUAAAAUACUCGGAUUGACAAGUAAGUAGUAAAAUAUUAAAAUUCUAGUAACAGAAGACCCGUGGGUUCAUCAAAUACAACGGCACGGGUUUUAUUCCUGAAAAAGUAUCGUCGCCGUCAGACGGAAUCCUCACAUCUCCGAAAAUCUGUAUUUCACAGAAUUUAAAAAGAAAAAUCACCAUCUCAAUCAAAGUGGUAUUACAACUUUUGAAUAAAUAAAUAUAAAUAAAUACAUCACAUAAAACUGCACGUCAUAUUUCUCUGAUGUACAGUUGCGCAUCAUUGUCAUAUUGGACCGCUAAAUUAAUCCACAAAUAAAUAAAUAUAUAUAUAUAUAUACAUAUACACAGUUAUAUUGAAAAUAUAGCAUAAAGGACCAGCCAUGCACAUGCCGACCACACCCCAAAAAAAAUGUAACUUCAUGAAAGCAAACCACUGUGGAUACAUAAUUUUUAUUUUUUAAAUCUUACAGUCAGGAGUGAUGCAAUAAAUACAAGAAUGAGCUGGCUUUUAAGCUGUAUAAUCGUUAAAAAUGAAUCUGUACCCAAAUUUACCUUCAUGGCUGACCUGUUCCCGCUGCACUGAAGAAUGAAAUCAAUUUCUUUUGAAAUAAAUGUGUCCCACUUAAGUAAUUUCACAUAAUUCCACCUGGCUCCCACAGAAUUUUUACAACACUUCUCAGACAGUUGACUGUGCAAGAGUUUAGAAUUUCUUCCCAAAACGCAAAUUUGUUCAUAAUUUGUAAAAUUAACAUGGGCAGACCAAUAAUAUUGAGUUGUGAAAAAUCUUAAAUUGACCAUAUUUGGACAUGUGAGGUUGCCGCCUGACAGAAAACGGUUUAACACUCUUCAACCAAUCGAUCUUGGAGCCUUUGAUGGUCACCCUCCUUCCUCAUAACUCAUAAUUUGCGGGUUGGACGAAGCAAACCGGGAGUUGUGUUAAUUCCAAAAUGGUGCAUCACUGCCAUCUACGUGCGACUGGUUUUGCCUCAUUAUUAUUGUCUGCAAGCUUGACAACGACAGUAGAGCAGCACCAGACUCUCCUGCACUCCUCCCCGUUACCAAAAAAGGUAAAAGAUGUGAAAAAAAUUUGGAUUCUAAAAGAUGCAUUAAUACACCCUUGGCACUGAAUGUCUUAACAAAUGGACUUUAUUGGAUUUAAAAAACCAAUGUUAUGCAAUGCGAGAAAAUACAUCUGAUUCCCAUGCACUCCAGAUGAGUGAAAGCAAACAAAACCGAUUUCUUUUCCUGUAAGUCAGUAAUUAGCUUGUUUCCCUCUUACACUUCCAGUUCCAUCACUUCGAACUUCACUCGGUGCUUGCGGUGGUCUCCGCUGAUCUCGGCGCAGCGUGGCGCUCGCUAUUUGGGAUCUCGGUAAACCAAGGCAGUAAUCUCAGGUAUCCCGUCAGCGUAGACCGCCGGCACUCCACGUCGAGAGCAGGUUCAUAAGAAGAGUAAAUAAAUCCGCUAACCACACUUGAAUUCGGAAGAAACCUUCUCAAGUUUUGGCAUCGCAAGUUAAACACUCUGUCUUGUUCAGGUUUUUUUGUGAGCAAGUGUUCCAGAAAACUUCAGAGAUCCCGUGACCCCUGAGUUCUCGUCUUAUUUGAGCGCAGACCACUUACAGCUCCAUGCGUUUGUGUGAGGGUUUGUUUACAGGCACAUCGCUUCCAUUUACUUUGCCGUGUUUAUGAGCUUUACCCAUUUGUACAUAUCGUUUCUUACGAGCGCUUCUUCGUAUAACCUCCUUGCUCCGCGAGGGCGAGGACGGAAAGGUUUUAUUUUUUUUUUUUUUUUUUAUUAUGGGAUCGCUCGACUGGUCUCCAGUUUUCCCCGCAGAACAUUAUCGUCCCUGUGCUCGAACGGGCUUGCUCAAAUGACUCCCAUCAGUCCGCGGCGGCGACUGUUUUAUAAUGUUUGAAUAAGUGCUUUCCCCAUUCCGCGUUCAGACAACUUAACGCGAUUUAACUUCUAAGAAGCAAAAAAAAAAAAAAAAAACAGUAGCGUCUCUGUGUACAGUGUUGGUUUGGCAUAACGAUCUCGCUGUGUCGCCCGUCAGUGUUUCGGUAUAAACAGUCGCCGUUUAUUCUCCGGGGGCUUUCUACUAAAGUCUUUUCCUACGGAGGCAGGGUAAUGUCGGGUUUUAAUACAUUUUCUAAUUUAUAAUCCAAACUAGGGUGUUUUGUUCGAAAAGGAAGUUGUGCCUGUGUUUGGGGUGUGUUACUUAGCAUUCGGAGUGAUAACUUG